UCUUCUCGCGAGUGAACUAGUGGGAGUGAAGGGGACGAUGAGUUGAAAGAUCAGUGCAAUGAGAGACACAGUCUCUGCGUUAUUAAAUUUGUUGCUGCUGAAAGAAACGCUCAGAUCUUUAAAUUCAAGGCAACGGACGGAGAGAAAGGGCAGCGAGAUGGGCAGCGCGUCUUCGGCGGAUCGGAUGAUAUACCUAUACGUGGAUGGACGGAUCCAGAAGGUGGUUUUUAGUCGUUUCUGUAGUCCGUGUGACAUUAAGGAGCUGUUCUGCACUGCCACAGGGCUCUCCAGGAACACGACCAUUUCCCUUCUGGACUCAACAGGAGCUAUGGUCUCUAUUGACCCCACAAUGCCAAACAACACUGAGAGUUCGCCAUACAAAGUGGUGCCAAUAACUGGGGGACAGCUUGCAGAUAAAGAAGAGCUGUUCCAGAAUGUGCUGACCCAGGUGGCAGAGCAGUUCUCCAGGGCAUUUAAAAUCAACGAACUGAAGACUGAGGUGACGAAUCGUCUAGCCAUGCUGGAGAAGAGAGUAGAAUUGGAGGGUAUGAAAGUAGUGGAGAUUGAAAAAUGUCGCAGUGACAUCAAGAAGCUGCGGGAGGAGAUGGCCUCCAGGAACAACAGUAGUUUUCUAGAUGAAAACAAGAAAUUAACUCCUCGCAGAGAUGUGCCUUCAUACCCAAAGUACAUGCUUUCCCAGCAAACCAUAGAUGCCCUCAGAAAACCCGCCUUCGACGUCUGGCUGUGGGAAUCCAACGAGAUGCUGAGUUGCCUGGAGCAUAUGUACCAUGACCUGGGACUAGUGAGGGACUUUAAUAUAAACCCUAUCAUGAUGAAAAGGUGGCUGCUCUGCAUCCAUGACAAUUACAGGAACAAUCCUUUUCAUAAUUUCCGCCACUGCUUCUGUGUCACACAGAUGAUGUACAGUAUGAUCUACCUCUGCAACCUACAGGUAUAA